UCGAGAAAAGGCACAAAACAAAAACGAUAAGUAAAAUUCAUUCCUCUCCAAAAUCAUCUCUGCAUUAAAUUUAUAUAAAAAGAGAGGAAAUUUGAGAUAGAUAGACAUAGAGAUUGAGUUUUAAAUUGUAGAUGGACGUGACACCGGCCGUGAUAGCUCAUACACUUAAAGAUGCCUCCAAUUGGUGGGAAGAUGUUAAUGAGUCACCGCUCUGGCAGGAUCGUAUCUUCCAUGUCCUCGCCGCCCUCUACGGCUUAGUCGCCGCCGUAGCUCUGGUUCAACUGAUUCGAAUACAGUUAAGAGUUCCUGAGUACGGCUGGACCACGCAGAAGGUCUUUCAUUUUCUUAAUUUUCUGGUGAACGGAGUUCGAUGUUUAGUAUUUGUUUUUCGUCGGAAUGUGCAGAAGUUACAGCCUGAUAUUCUUCAACAUAUUCUGCUUGAUAUGCCAAGUCUUGCUUUCUUCACGACGUAUGCCCUUUUGGUUCUGUUUUGGGCUGAGAUUUACUAUCAGGCACGUGCAGUAUCUACUGAUGGACUGAGGCCGAGUUUCUUUACUAUUAAUGCAGUAGUUUAUGCUGUUCAGAUUGCUUUGUGGUUGAUCUUAUGCUGGAAGCCUAUCCAUGUUGUAAUAAUCCUAUCUAAGAUGUUCUUUGCUGGAGUCUCCUUGUUUGCAGCCCUUGGGUUCUUACUUUAUGGUGGAAGGCUGUUCUUAAUGUUGCAGCGUUUCCCUGUAGAAUCAAAAGGUCGUCGUAAGAAGCUGCAAGAGGUUGGCUAUGUGACCACCAUAUGUUUCACAUGUUUCCUUGUUAGAUGUGUAAUGAUGUGCCUUAAUGCAUUCGACAAAGCUGCAAACCUUGAUGUUUUGGAUCAUCCUGUCCUAAACUUCAUAUACUACCUGUUAGUGGAAAUAUUACCUUCUUCAUUGGUGCUUUUCAUCCUGAGGAAGUUGCCUCCAAAACGUGGUAUUACACAAUAUCAUCCUAUACGCUGAAGAAAUUGGAAAUGGAGAUAUGGCUGAAAGAGAAAGGAAUCAAUGCUUGUUUCAGUUUUGGAGAUGCUUUAUUUACCCUUCAAUGAGAACAAAGACACGAUAAGGGUAGAGGAAAAUACACCCCUUCUGUAUUUGAUGUUAUGGGAUGUUAAUUGGUAUUUUGGGGCUUGCUUGUAAGUUUUAGAAAGAAAUGAUAGACCUGCUAAAGGAUUGUGAAAUAUGUUCUGUUGUGGGUUUAUAAUACAUGCUUUUUGGCUUUUCAAAA